AUGAAUGGGAAACUGCUUGCUACUGUUGGUGGAAGUAUUCAGCUGUAUAAGUGGGUUUUUUUCAAAGACAGGCGUGCGUUUGCGUUACAAAGCGAAUGUGGAGAUGAUUCCGUCAUUUUACCGUUAUGUGUGCAGUCCAGAGGAAACAACAAGACGUGGAGUAAUAAAUUUUCUGUCUUUAUCAUUAGGAGAUUCAAGGUGAAGCUUCGAAGAUUCAAAAGAUGUAGUAAGAAGAAUAAGAAGCCCGCUGCACAUUGGAUGGCUACCUUUGAGUUGCUCAAAGAGAAUUCUUACGGUGAUUUUCGACGUAAAUUAUACAAUAAAUUUUAUCUCGUUGGGACAACCGAUUUCAAACUCGUCCUCAUUCAAGAUAUAGAAAGAGCAUCUAAUCUCGAAGUCAGAAGCGAGUAUUAUACUGGGGAGUUUAUAAGCAAGUUUCAACACGGGUAUGUUGCUCCGCCUAUGGUUCGUUCUUAUGCGGUCAAUGUUCCACCAACUAUAACAUUUGGCACCUUUAAUGGUGUGAUUGCUCCACUUCCACGGGAGAAGUUUGAGCUACUCAAGCGGGUUGAAGAAGAAGUGACGUUGGCGACCGAUAACGAUGUUGUAGGGCUAUCUUACGAGGAAUGGAGACAAGUUAACCGCCAUCCAGGGACACGGACCAGAUACUUUCUGGAUGGGGAUAUCAUGGAGCUGUUUCUCGGUCUUGAGGAGAGUAAGAGGAAUGAGAUUGCUGGCCGUGUGGGUGUGGAUGUUUCUGCAGACUUAUAUGAACAAGUACUCAAGUUGACCACCGUGUUGCACUGA